AUGUGGGGUCCUCUCGACCCCAUAGCUCUACAAAUCAAAAGAAAGGGAAGUGACAAGUGGAGAGAUAAGACCCGCGGAGCGGUAUGGGGCAAAAACCUCUUGAAUGUGGCUGACCCCACCAAGGUCGGUGCCAUUCUGCGCGGUGCGUUGAACUUAAGUAAUAAUGGGAUAAUUAAUAUGGGCUGGUACACAACCGGGUCAUUGACCCGCGCGACGAUAUUUGCGGAAAAUUACGAAUAUUUCAAUUCUAUGUUCGGAUUGUAG